AUGGAUGAUGAAUUAAAUGUAACAUAUAUAACUCUUGGUGGGCAUGUCGAAGUGGACAAAUACAGAUAUGUUUAUUUUGUGAUUAUAUUCAUAGUAUAUAUUCUAAUAAUAUGCAGUAAUUCCACUAUUGUGUACCUUAUCUGGGUUCACAAAAACCUUCAUGAGCCUAUGUACAUAUUCAUUGCAGCUUUGUUACUGAACUCUGUCCUUCUCAGCACUGCUGUCUACCCAAAACUUUUGAUUGACUUUUUAUCUGAAAAACAGAUGAUAUCAUAUUCUGCGUGUCUCUUUCAGUUUCAGAUGUUUUACUCUUUAGCUGCUUCAGAGUUCUUACUGUUGGCAGCCAUGUCUUAUGACAGGUAUGUUUCAAUAUGUAAACCUCUGAAAUAUCCAACUAUCAUGACCAAAACAACUGUCAGUAUUUUCCUGGUUUUAGCUUGGGUUCUGCCUGCUUGCGAGAUGGCAGUGCCAACUGGUUUGAGUGCUAAUAAAAAACUUUGUACCUUUAUUUUAAAAGGAGUUUUUUGUAACAAUACAGUUUAUAAACUUCAAUGUGUGAUCUCAAGAGCACGCCUUGUACGAGAUAUGAUUAUGCUGGUUAAUCUUGCACUUGUUCCUGUGCUUUUCAUACUUUUUACAUACACUAGGAUAUUCCUAAUAACUUAUCAAAAUGGUAGAGAAGUCAGAAAAAAGGCUGCACAGACUUGUUUACCGCACUUGAUAGUUUUGUUAAACUUUUCCUGUUUGUGUGUGUAUGAUGUCAUUAUAAUUGGACUGGAACCUGUUUUUCCAGAAAUUGUGCAUUUAAUAAUGACUUUACAAAUUGUUUUGUAUCAUCCUCUAUUUAAUCCAAUCAUGUACGGAUUAAAGAUGAAAGAAAUUUCCAAACACCUUAAGAGGUUGUUCUGUCAAGCCAAAAUGAAGUAAUGCAUAAACAUUGAUUAGUGUCUUAUUUUUUCUGCAAUCAUGCUAAGGAUAAGUGACUCCCUGUGAUCAUUUGGUUUUGUUUAAUGUCAGAAUUUGUUAGUAUGACUUAUACACAGUAAAACAUAACAUCAGCCUUGAAAAUGUAACGACUG